UAAAACGCUGGUUUAGGUUUUAACCCGAGAAUAUGUAGCCUAAUUUCACCGUAUCACAUAUAUCCUCUCGUGGCUCAGUUGGAAUACUUUGCAAUGACGAGCUGCCGGGUAGGUCCCUGGUUCUAUCCCCGUGAAUUAUAAUUUUCGUAUUUUUUUUUGUCAGUUUGUAAGUCGUAUUGUUGAUUGAUCAAGUGAGCGCGAAGCGCGAUGGUUACGAACGGCCAAAAAUGGAACCCUACACUGAGUAUACUCGACAUAUUCUUGGCCGUUUUUAUUUUUUAUUUAUGCCAAUAAUCGUUAUAAGCAAUGAUGUGUGAAAUACAUUGAUUAAUCGGCAAGCAAAGGUAAACAACUAUUUUAUGGCAAGAAAUAAUGGCAGUAAGACUGUUAAUCAUGAUAUGUGGCUUGAAAUUAGUAAUAGGGAAACAAGAAGGUUUCAUAGUCGGAGGUGCUUAUGUUGAUUCUGUUAAAGAAUUCCCUCAUGUCGCUGCUUUGUAUACACUUUAUAGCGAGGGAGAGGGAGACGAUUUUUGUGGAUCGUCCAUAUUGAACCAAAAGAUUCUAUUAACUGCUGCCCACUGUCUUGAUGGCGUCGUGAAAGUAACAGCAUUUGUGGGAAGCGUAGACUGGAAGAAAGGAAAACUACACCGUAUUGACCGCUACCAGCGGCACAAACAAUUUGAUAUAAACACUGUCAGUUACGAUAUAGGCUUAGUUAGGCUGAAGCAACCGUUGUUAUUAGGGAAGACUGUGAAAAGAGUGAUAUUAAUGAAGACACCGCCAAAAGUAAAAAUAGCGGAAGCGGCUGGUUGGGGGCUAACUGACGAAGUAAACAAAAUUGAUACAAAUCUACUUAAGCACACAAAACAAAAGCUGUGGACUCUUCAAGAGUGCAGGAAAGUGUUGCCCGUAGCCCCCAAUGGAACGAUUUGCGGCGGCGAGAAAAAUGUCAAGAAAAAUUUCUUAUCUUUUGGAGAUUCCGGGAGUGGCCUCCUAGUUAAUAAAAGUAUAAUUAUCGGAAUAGGAUCCUUUAAAUUCCUCAAAAUUACGAACAGUCUGUUGGUGUUCACGGACGUCGCAUACUUCUACAACUGGAUAUUGGUCGAAUCGAGACGAGUAGCAUGCUCUCAAUAAAGGAGAAGAAGAAACGUGUACGUGUAUUUAUUUAUAGUCUUAUUAAAUGUAACUAAGUAAAAAAAUGCUAUUUAUACUAAACCCUGCCGAUCAUAAUAGAUCAAUAUGACCUACUUUUAAAUAUUUUAUUGUAAAAUCAGUGAAACUAAAGUAAAAACAAUCGUGAUCAGCUAUGCAGGCUUCGUAAAUUUCAAGCAAAUAUGUUUAGUAGAACACAUAAAUAAAGAAUGUUUUACUAGUCAGCUAUUGUUGAAGUAUGAAGUUAUUCUUAGUAUGGGAUUGCCCAGACAGCCAUGGGCUCUUUUGAUCUAAAAGGGAAAUUACUGAAUUACGGUUAUUGUUAAAAAAAAGGUUAUAGUGAAGAUAAUCCGUCUUGAUAAAUGUAUUACCGGAGAGUUCUAUACAUUUCUUGAUGUAUAGAACUCUCUGGUAAAAUUAGGAAAAAUAGAUUUAUCAAGAGGGAUUAUCUUCACUAUAAACUUUUUGUAUUUAUUUCAGUCGGUAUAAAAUGUAAUGUUCAUAAAAGUAAAAAACAAACGAAAAUGGUUGGCCAGAUUAUGAUAGGGUCUCGAAAACUAUUUAAAAGACAGUAAAAUAUUGGUAAUAAUUGGUUCGAUCAACUUUUUUUUGUAAUUUAUCACAUAUUUUAUAACGAAUGUGAAAGAAGGUUAACAAAGAGAGUGUAUUGGGAGCGUGCACGACUGUCACGCAACCUAGUGUCCGCAAUUCUAGGGGAAAACGUCAAUUCACUACAUCUUAUAAAACUACUCCAAAACUAAAAACUACUGAACGGAUUUUCAUACGACUUUCAUCUAUCAAUAGAGUGAUUCUUGAGGAAGGCUUAAGUAUAUAAUUUGUUAAGGUUUUGUGUAAAUUGUUUGAAAUAUAACGAUGUUGUCGGAAAAAAUCAUGCUGGCUAGGAGCUUUAAUCGAAAACGCUGCCUAAUCCGUUUGAGCUAUAACAACACAAUGUAUAGUGGAGUUGUUUCUCAUUCAUAGGUCUACAAAAAAGUCCGCGAUGUGAAAUGUCUAUCUUUUAAGGAUAACUUACUAUAUCCAUUCUUAACUUCUAGAAAAAGAUCACGUAAUAUGUGGCAUUUGCAAAGCUAUUUA